GUUAAAAAUGACAGCAGCUAGUGGAGAUUGAUAAAAGGUGGAAUUGCUGUAUUUCGUUAAAAUCCUUUCAUGAUCUUUUAUUUUAUAUCUUUUAUCCUAAGUCUCAAGAAUGAUGUCAACGACAGAAGGCGAGUUGGACGUUGAAGUACCUCUGGAAAGGGAAGAGGGGGAGUUGGAGGAUUCAGAUGUGGAAGAGGGUACUUACAAACCUCUGGCUAGGCCUGAGGCCUUCAACCCUCCUUCGCUAGUUCAUAUGCAGAUACAGGAUGAGCAGAGCGAUGAGGGUUCGCCGCGGGAGUCGUCAGGGUCGGAGUCUGAUGACGAGCCGCGGCGCCGCGCCAAACGGACCAAGCUGAGGCCACGCCGUCCUGCUCCACAACCAGAUAGGAAGGACAAGUACAACAUUUGGUGCAAGGCUUUACAGGAAGACUUGUUAACAGAAGACAUGGUAAGCUGUGAUGUAUCAAAGAAGAGCAGAUAUGGUGUUGAGUCUUAUGAUUAUACUAUUAAGUAUAGAUUAGAUGAUAACUUUAUUAAUAAGAAGAAAAUAUUUAGUAAUAACGAUGACUACGAUGAUAGUGAACGUGUUUCUAAUAAACGGAGGCGUGAGGAUAGAUCUAAUGUGAAAUUAAGGCUUGGGAAGCGAGAUAGUAGUCAUAAUCGUAAUGACAAACUGAAGCCAAGAAUCCUUUGUGACCUGGUUGUAAGCGCAGAGGACACUGCGGAAAAUAUAGCUGACGAAAUAGCUGAUAAUCUUUCAGAGGACAAAAAGGAUUUAGUGGGUCGUAUUGUACAAGUAGUUGGUGCUAACAAGGCUAUAGAAAUAUACAAAGAAACACAAAAGUUAGAGGCGGAUGGUGGCAUGCUUGUUAUGAACGGAACGCGUCGCCGGACGCCGGGUGGCGUGUACUUCUUCCUGUUGAAGCGUGACGGUGACGUGUCGCAGGAGAUGGUCAACCAGAUCUUCACCGAGGACCGCAAAGAAACGCAGCGAAAGAUCAAGCGAGCGCGCGCCAAGAGCCGUCAGACGGUUAUGGAGCAGCUCAAACAGAGUCUCACAGAUUCCGAGCUGCCGUCGUUGCUAUCACGUGGCGAGGCGACAGUACAGUCGGAACACGGCUCCAACCCGCCGCCGUCGCCCGCGACAGACGCGCGCGACUGUUCGAGCGACACGGACGCGCCGUGCGACGCGAGCGCUCCGCCCCGCUCCCCGCGCGAGUACGACGACGACGACUUCCUCGAGGUCAUGUGCAACGAUGACAUGGACAUGUUCUAGGCGUGGCCCAGCCCUAUCCAUGGACUCAUUGUUCCAGCGAACUGCCAACCUAGGUUAAGGUCGCCGGUAAAUCCAAAGUUGUGUACUCGAAUAAGCGCUUACCGGCGCGGUCCGCACUACAAGUGCUCGCGACCCGCCGUCCUCUGCGAUGACGCUGCACGGUGCUCAUCUCUGCCCCAUCCGAAGAUCCUCGUUUUACUCCUAAGGGCGAGUGUAUAAGUAAGUCGUUUUAAGAGUAAUACAGUUGUAGGUACUGUUACUGCGACGAUAUAUCGUUUUUGGUAAAUCCUGCACAUAACAAUUGUAUUGUAAACACAGGGAGAUCUUUAUCACAAAUAGUAUAAAGUAACCAUCGGGUAUAGUUACGUAUUAAUUUGAAAACUUUCAAGUAGUCUAACAACACUGAGAAGCCGGUGGCAGAGUCUGUUUCAAUUUAUAUGUUCUUUAAGGUUGAGAUUCCACUGGCACAUUCACUUGAUUAUUUAUUGCUAAUUCAUUUGUAGACCAAACAACACUGAUGUUGCACUACUUCCUAAUAUACCUCCCCG